AUGGCUGGUAUCAUUGCGGCUAAUUCGAACAACGGCGAAGGUAUCAGUGGGAUCGCCGAUAGAGUUAAAAUACGAUCGAUAAGGAUGUCUUAUAAAGAGGGAGUUGCUCCUGUUGAUGUUUCUCGCGCCUGGGAGGAGGCUUUGCGAUGUGAUGAUACCGACAUCAUAGUCUUCCCUUAUAUUCAAGAGAAUUGUGGUGAGACUGCGGCUCUAUAUAGUCGUGUGUUGAAGAAAGCUGUCAAGAAGGGCUUCGUAGUCCUCGUAUCUUCUUCUAACUCGGAUGAAGUCGACAGUGCGUGCGAGAUUGAGCAACCUUGUUCCCAAGCCAAUGGUAUACCAGGAGUUCUCUGCGUUACCUCAACCUACGUGGAUAACCCGAUGACGUUGGUCUACGGGGCGUCCAAAUUGGCAACUCUUGCCGUACCAUCCUCCGACGUCUGGUUCCCAACACCGGAGCGUGAGGGAAGCGAGUGGCUAUAUUCAAAGAAUUCGGGCUCGUCGGUCGCCACGGCUAUUGUUGCCGGGCUGAUGCAUAUUGAGAGUCUUCGUCUCCAUGAGCAUCUGUAG